UGAUGGUGUAAUUAGGAUAUGUGGAGUGAAAGCCGAAGAGAAGCGAAGGAAAGUGGAGUGGAGCGGGGCAGUUUUAACGCCGUUGUAUUUGGUGCAUGGGAAUGGCAAUGUGAAUGAUAUUCUUCUGUUAUUCCUUUCUCUCUCAUAUCCAUCUCAAUAAUACAAAACACACCGAUCCAUCCCCACCCCCCAUGCGAGGCCACGAUUGGAUCAACACCUCCCUCCCCGACGAGUUAAUCGUCGAAAUCUUCUCCUACCUCUUCUCCAAGUCAACCCGCGACGCCUGCUCCCUCGUCUGCCGCCGCUGGUUCCGCCUCGAGCGCCGAACUCGAACCACCCUCCGAAUCGGAGCCACCCACCUCUUCCUCACCCUCCUCCCCACCCGUUUCUCCAAUCUCAGAAACCUCUACAUCGACGAACGCCUCUCCAUUCCCCUCCACCUCGUCCGUCAUCAAUUCCCUCUUUCAUUCCCUUCUCACAUUUCAAUUUCAACUCUAAUUUCAUCCUUUAUUUCCCAGGGGAAAAGAAGACCCACCGACGACGAGGGCGAUCUCGAUUCUCUCUGUUUAUCCGAUGCUGGUUUGUCUUCUCUCGGCCAAGGCUUUCCCAAGCUUCACAAAUUGGGCUUAAUCUGGUGUUCUAACGUCUCUAGCGAUGGCUUGGCAUCCCUAGCUCGAAAAUGCACUUCUCUCAAAGCCUUGGACUUGCAGGGUUGUUAUGUUGGGGAUCAAGGUCUGAUUGCCGUUGGACAGUGUUGCAAGCAGCUUGAAGAAUUGAAUCUGCGAUUCUGUGAAGGCUUGACUGAUACGGGUUUGGUUGAAUUAGCAUUAGGUGUGGGAAAGACAUUGAAAUCUCUUGGUGUGGCUGCUUGUGCCAAAAUAACUGAUAUCUCGAUGGAGGCUGUAGGAUCACACUGCAGGUCCCUUGAGACCUUGUCGUUGGACUCUGAGUUCAUCCACAAUAAAGGGCUGCUUUCUGUGGCUCAAGGAUGUCCAAUUUUGAAAGUUCUAAAGCUGCAAUGUAUUAAUGUUACAGAUGAUGCUUUGAAAGCUGUAGGCACUAACUGUCGGUCUCUGGAGUUAUUGGCACUAUAUAGUUUUCAGAGAUUUACUGAUAAGGGGUUGCGUGCUAUUGGGAAUGGAUGUAAGAAGUUAAAGAAUUUGACUUUAAUUGAUUGCUAUUUCUUAAGCGACAAGGGUUUGGAAGCAAUUGCUACUGGCUGCAAGGAACUUACACAUCUUGAAGUCAAUGGAUGUCACAACAUUGGAACUAUGGGGCUAGAAUACAUUGGGAGGUCUUGCCAGCAUCUCACCGAGUUAGCAUUGCUUUACUGCCAUAGAAUAGGUGAUGUUAGCCUUCUUGAGGUGGGACGGGGAUGCAAAUUUUUACAAGUUCUUCACUUGGUAGAUUGCUCAAGCAUUGGAGAUGAUGCCAUGUGUAGUAUAGCUAGUGGAUGCAGCAAUCUAAAGAAACUUCAUAUUCGGCGUUGUUACAAGAUUGGGAACAAGGGAAUCAUUGCUGUUGGCAAGCAUUGUAACUCGCUAACAGAUCUUAGCAUUCGAUUCUGUGACAGGGUGGGGGACGGAGCCCUUACUGCAAUAGCCGAGGGCUGUUCCCUUCAUUAUUUGAAUGUAAGUGGUUGUCACCAAAUUGGAGAUGCUGGAGUGAUAGCCAUUGCAAGGGGCUGUCCUCAACUCUGUUAUUUAGAUGUGAGUGUGCUACAGAAUCUGGGUGAUAUGGCAAUGGCUGAGUUGGGAGAACACUGUACAUUGCUUAAAGAAAUAGUGCUUUCACACUGCCGUCAAAUUACUGAUGUUGGCCUGACACAUCUUGUGAAAAGUUGCACAAUGCUGGAGUCUUGUCAAAUGGUUUAUUGCUCUGGUAUAACAUCAGCUGGAGUGGCCACCGUUGUUUCUAGCUGUCCCAACAUAAAGAAAGUCCUGGUUGAGAAGUGGAAGGUUAGCCAACGGACAAAGCGACGAGCAGGCUCUGUAAUUGCCUACUUAUGCGUGGACCUUUAGAUCAUAUACAUUUAUAUCUCUGACCCUGAGCUUUUUUCUGCUUGUUAUUUGAAUAUACAAAAGGCUGCUGGCAACUCAGUCUAAUCUUUAGGGGGGAAUGAAAGAUGAGGCAAAGUAGGGUGUAUGACUUUAUAGGAGUUGUAAUAAGUGUAUCAAGAGUGUAGAAGUCAGCGGUGUAGAUAAAUAAAUGUUGUUUACAGUAGCAUGGUCUAUAGGUAGAUAUAAAAAGAGUGUUAUUGAUUUAACACGUUAUGGAGAAAUCUUGUUAAGCAAAUUUAAAGGUUUGUUUUUAUAUCACUGCUCUAUGUAUAAGCUUCAAUUCUUCUUCAAGAGAUCUUGUUCUUUGCUUGCAACUUGAA